CGCCCCUUUGCCGGCUCGGUGAUAAGACAAGUGAAUGCACGGCUACGGCUGCACGAAUUUUUUUCGCACACUUUUCUAAGGUCAACCAAACAAGCGCCGUUCUUGCCGAACCAGUUGUCUUCCGCUUCAGAAGCCCGACCUGGAAAACAAAUUGUCAAGCAUUCUAUUCAGAAGUAGCAAAUAAAGCUUGAAGAUGAAGAGGAGCAGCUCAGAAAGGGCCGGUGAGAAUCCAUGGACUGAGAUCCAGCAGGAACCGGCGAAGAAGGCCAAAUCAGAAGACGUCCCUCUGAUUAUUAUUGAAGAUGCUGGAAUUGUCGAACUUCCUUUGCCGCCAAAUCCCACUGGUGAAAAUGGACACCAAAAUGGAAAUGGGAAUCUUGAGCACCAAAAUGGAAAUUCUGCAACUGGAGACGCUGUCGACGGUAUCGGACACCUACCCAAGGAAAAUGGGGAAAAUGGCCACUCUUCAGGUGACAGCCCAGGGUUGACUUUAAAAGAUGCUGAAAAUGGAAUGGAUCCCAUCUUUGAAGAUGAUGCAAAUGGGCCUUCAACCAUUGAAAUCGCUGGAGGCUCUCAAAACCAGACGGAGGAAGCUGGAAAGGCUGAGACACUCGAGACUGAAGAUGAAGAAAAUAUGGAACUUAAACUUGAUGAAGAUCAACCCACUGAAUCACAAGAUGAGCAGGUUCCGGAGCCAGCUGGCGAACCUGCUGUGAACCUUCCAUGGGGCCCAGGAGCAAUCAGUUUGAGGGAGAUGAUUGGCCACACUCUUAAAGUGAACGCAGUUGACAUAAAAGACAACAUCCUUGUAUCUGGCAGUGAUGACACAACUGUGAGGGCCUGGGAUUUGGUAAACAAGAAGGAAAUCUGUUCGCUUAACUGCAAGAAAGCUGUAAGUGCUGUUCUCGUUUUGGACAGAGAAACCUCACGAGAAAUUGUGGACAGCGGAAACGUUGUUAUUAGUGGUGCAAAGGACGGUUCUGCCAAAAUAUGGGAGAUCCCAUCUGGCAAUUUGAUGAAGUCCUUUGACUUAUCGUCUGGCAUCACUUGCAUUGCCUACAUUCCAUCAGAUGCUCUUCUAAUUUUUGGAACUGAAAAGGGCCAACUGGAACUUGUUGACACCAAAAGUGGCAAAACUCUCAGCUCUGUUCUUGCCUUUGCUUGCCCAGUUAUUUCAUUGAAGGCUGCUGCAGGAAAGAUCUUUUGUGGAGACCUUCACGGCUGUUUGCAAACUUGGUCCGCUAAGGACAAGAAGCUGAAUCUCUACCGUACGUCAAAUGCAAUUGAAAAUACACGACGCAAUUUGUCAUCGCUCGCUUUGUGUGACACAAACAACAUAAUUGUUGGGAUGCAAUCAGGAAGUGUGAAGAAAAUGAACUGGAUAAAUGGAUCUGUUAGCAAGCUCCGAGCUGGAGCUGGAGACAGUGUCGAUGCUCUUGGAGUUACUGAUGACCUCAUAAUUGUAACCACCUCUAAUGAAGAGAAAUCAUAUCUACAUUUUUACAAUCUUGCGUCUGGCUCCUAUUUGGGAAGUGCCCGAGGUAAAAAUAAGAUGACCGCCCUUGCUGCAGCAAUGUUUCAGGACUACUUAGUUGUUGCUUGUGGAGGUGAAGAUUUGGAUCUUUGGGUUUGCGGUGGUCCAGAUUUGUCAGAAAUUGGAUUUGAGAUGGUUGCGACUUGUCAGUUGCCUCAGCCAGAAAUCUUGGAGGAAACUGACAGUGAAGAUGACGGUGAGGAGGAUGAUGCAAAAACAGAUUCGUCAAGCGUGUUCGGCCGUUGCAGCAUUAUGUAAAAGGACUAAAAGGUAUUUGGCCAGAAAUGUAUAAAAUACAAUAUCAAAGUAUUCAGUUCAAACAAUUGCCAGCCUUGUUAAAAAAGGAGGUUGUUUUUUUUUAACUGCUGCAGUUGAAGAUUUCUCAUUUUAAAUCAAAGACGUUAAAUUUUACCUUAAGUUUAUGCACCCAUUUUGUCCAAACGUGUUUUAAGUAUUGUAUAAAUUUAAGCCAAAUUUCUCAAAAAUUGCCCUAGAGCUCCAAUUUGUUUAGGAAAUAUAAUAUUGAUAUUGAACUGUUAGGCUUAAGAUGUUCCAUUUGGAACUUGAUUUUUAUCCCUGCUUUAUUUCCACAGAACACAAAACCAAUUUUAAGUAAAGACAUGGUAACUUGUUUGAUAUUUUAAAGUGGCCAACUUCACAAAGGUACUCAUUUUCACUUUGCGCAAUAAAUACUCAUUAUAUACGA